GCGCCGCCCCGCGCCGCUCGCAGCGCGCCUCGGAGGGAACGCGCCCGGCGGGAGGGAGCGGGGAGGCGCCCCCGAGCCCCGCAGAGGCGGCGGGAGGGAUGGGACCGACCCUGCCACCUGCCUGAGCGGCUCCCGUAGACGCCGCCGCCGCGGGGAGCUGACCGACAUUCAGAAUGGCAGCCUUGUCAACUGUGAUCCUCCUUUUGUGUGCUGCUAAAGAUGUGAUGCCCUCCAGUCCUCACUGGAAGCCAACCUGGCCGUCUUACAGAGUUCCAGUUAUACUGCCCCAGUCCACUCUUAACUUAGACAAACCACAGUUUGAUGCUGAAGCCAAACUGGAAGUGGUAUCUCCCUGUGGCCCAGCAUGCCACAAAAGUUCUCCGCUGCCGACUUAUGAAGAAGUGAAGAACUACCUGUCCUACGAGACCUUGUACGCCAAUGGGAGCCUCACUGAAACAGAGGUGGGCAUAUACAUUCUGAGCAGCGGCGGGGACGAGGCUCGAGGCAGAUCUCGAACUAAGAGGCAGAUUUAUGGCUACGACAGCAGGUUUAGCAUUUUUGGGAAAGACUUCUUGUUGAAUUACCCAUUCUCCACGUCGGUGAAGCUGUCGACAGGUUGCACAGGGACGCUAGUGGCUGAAAAGCACGUUCUUACUGCUGCUCAUUGUAUCCAUGAUGGCAAGAGUUAUGUCAAAGGGGCUCAAAAACUGAGGGUGGGUUUCCUAAAGCCCAAACUGAAAGAUGGCAGCAAAGGGUCCAAUAUCACCAACUCAGCAAUGCCUGAGAAAAUGAAAUUCCAGUGGAUCCGAGUGAAACGGACACACGUCCCCAAAGGAUGGAUCAAAGGCAACGCCAAUGACAUUGGCAUGGAUUAUGACUAUGCGCUGCUGGAGCUGAAGAAACCUCAUAAAAGAAAGUUUAUGAAGAUAGGCGUGAGCCCACCAGCAAGACACUUGCCUGGAGGGAGGAUUCACUUCUCUGGCUACGACAAUGACCGUCCGGGAAACCUGGUUUACCGUUUCUGUGAUGUGAAAGAUGAAACGUACGACCUGCUGUACCAGCAGUGCGACGCCCAGCCGGGUGCCAGCGGGUCCGGGGUGUACGUGAGGAUGUGGAAGAGGCAGAAUCACAAAUGGGAGCGUAAAAUUAUUGGAAUAUUUUCAGGCCAUCAGUGGGUGGACAUGAAUGGCACCCCACAGGAUUUCAAUGUAGCUGUUCGCAUCACACCCCUCAAAUACGCACAGAUCUGUUACUGGAUCAAAGGCAACUACCUUGACUGCAGGGAAGGAUAAAGACAAUGAAACUCCUUGAAAGCACUUAAUGACUCGUUUUAGUUACUCAUCUGUGGAAAAGCUAGAUUUCUGCUGCAAAUGUGUGUGAUGUGACCUUGUAACAUCAGGAUGUGCUAUAUAGCUUUCCGAGCAAGCCACCUUGUUCUUGGGAGAGGAGCUGUGUGGUGCUGUCGUUACAGCUCGAAACUGGGGAGAAAGGAACGUCUGUCGGGUGGGGAAGGAGCAGGUGGACUUGUUGAAUUUGCAGCUGAGCAACUGAAGAUUAAUUAGGGGCGGAUCAGUAAACAGUACAAAAUCAGAACCGUCUCCAAAGAAUCUUAUAAAAGGGACGCUGUUGACUAUCUCAUGCCUACAAUGUUUGUUUUAAUAAAUCCUAGGAUUAGUAGAAGUGCUUUGAUCUGAACUGUUAAAAGAAAAUAUUUCUGUGCUCUUGGGGGCUGAAGAGGGGCAUUUAAUGGUGUUUGCAACCCAAACAUUACAGCUUUGUGUUCCUGCAUGAGAAAGGGAGUGUGAAAAGGGCAAGGCAUGUGCUGUGGGAGAUGAAUGCCACACAAAUAGCGUGAAGGGAAAAUAACUGCUUCUAACCUUCUUUCAGCAUGGGUGAUUUGAGACUGUAUUAGUAACGCAGUUAAGAAAAAUGCUUUUUGAGCAAGCAGACCUUGGUGUUGCAAGGACUUGACUGUGAAGAUGAUGUUGGCCAUGUGAGCAGUGCCAUUGCAAUCUGCUUUAGGAAACACAAAUCACCCUUGGGAUUAAGUCUUUAUAACAGCUGAGGCAUAGCCUUACACCUAGCGGGAUCCCUACGAAUAUACUGUUAUUGAAAGCGUUUGGGGACAGAGGCUUAUUUUCUCUUACAACCUACUUAGAACCCUUAAGGAAAUCUCAUGUCAGCAGUCCAGGUUUUCAGAGGAGAAGCCUGUCUUUGGUCUUGCUGGCUAUCUUAAUUGCUGCCUGCAAAGCAGGCAAAGGAGAGAGCAGGACAAGGGUUCUACUGAGUUUUCCCCAUUUGUGUUGAAGAUGCUUUUCUACCUAAAAGUACACCAGGUGGAGGGACCCUACAUUGAUAAGUGUCUGUCGCAUCCCUAUGACCACGUAGUUUGUAUGGCAUCUGGACUUCUGUUUCUCAUAUUGUUUGGGACAGGAAUCCUCCUUGACAUCAAACUGUUGAGUUACAAAUAAAUCUUGGCAAAUCCACAGGUCAGUAAUUCUGCAGCUGGAACAGAGGCACGUUGCAGGAUGUCAUCUGAGUUUGCUCUGAAGCGAUGCUCUGCUGCCUCUUGUAGAUAACAAUGACUUACAUUUUUACUAUAGCAGAACUGGAGGCUUUUACAGGUAAAAUCAGUGCAGACAAAUACUUGUAGCUCAACAGACAGCAUUGGGAAGUCAAUGUGGUCUGUACAAAUGAUAUUUCCUGUACAAAAGGAUUAUGCCACUGCAUCGCAGUAACAUGAUUAAGUACAUGCUGCCAUGCCAAUAUUGUUUUUUUAUAUAGAAGGAUAGACACUGGCUCCACUUCCACUUUCUCUUCCAUCCAUCUCUCCCUGUCUCCUGGAGCUUACCACGUUGCCCAUGGCACUUGGUGCUUUGGGCCAAAUGCAAGUCCCUAGUGUGAAAUAGCACAACUGGGAAGGAAUGAAUCUAAGCAGAGCUUCCCUAUGCUAUACAAGGAAAAUGUUAAUUCAGCUAAGCCUUUCUUACACUCUACUAAUUACUAUGGCAUUUGUAAACAUAUGCCCGAUGGUGCUUUAUCUUUGUGAUGGCUUUGGCUCUAGUUCUGAAAAACAUUUUUUGCUAGAGCUGCCUAUGAUUAUUAUUUUUAUAAGUGCAGCGUACAAAAACAUGGACCCUCCUGUGGGCUUUUGGUGCACUCAGAUACAAGCAGUUACUAAUACUUUGAAAUAUGAAUAAUCACCAUAUGUAUCUGAUGGUCUUUUCCUGCCUUUUUGUUUUAGUUUCUUUUACUUUAUGGCUGUUAUCUGGAGCACUUUUAUUUGAAUGUAUCACAGUGAAUAAAGAAAAGUUAUGGAAUUUCCAUGCA